AUGCAAUUCUUCAACCCUCUUGUCCUUUCUGCCUUUGCGGCCAUCGCUUCUGCCGAAACUGUUCACUCUUUUGUUGCCACUGUCACUAAUGUAGAAAGUUUUGUUCCGGUUGGUGCCGUCAUCAACUCCGCUGAUCAAUUAGUCUAUACCACUGUUGAAGGUGCAACCUCCACCUCGGUGUACACCAAUGGCCAAGGAUACAUCACAACCAGUAUUGAUGGAGGAUCUAUUGUCACCACUACUGCCGCCACCAACAUGGCUUCUGCUACCGUUACCGAAACCACCACUUUCGAAAACACUCAAAUCGUGUCAUUUGGUGAUUACUACACCACCACUACUUAUGAUAUCGAUGGAAAUGCUCACACCGCAUACGUGAAAGAAGAUCCAUUCAUUCAAUUCACUGAGACUUCUUGGGACUACAACGGAAAAGCCCACACUUUGUACUAUAGCGCCAGCACCCACGAUGGAACUACUAGUUUUGAAAUCAUUGAUGGUUCGGUUUCUGGGAUGUACGCUUCCUCUCCAACAACCGAUACCAGUUUGACCAGUUACACCUCGGGGGUUUACCCAUAUAGCACUGGUCUUGCCACUUCUCAAAACCACAAUGCUGCUGGUAGUUUGGCAGUUGGUGGGCUUGCUGGUAUGGCAGGAUUGGCUGGUGCUGCUGCUGCUAUGUUUUUGUGA